UGUGGGCGUGCACGUUUAUUAGCACCUCUGACCCUCCUCACGUGGGCGACAGCCGCCUUAGCCGUCCAAGGUCCCCUGCACCUGCAUCAGGUGGGCCCUUCCAGGAGAAGGCGUUCCUGGGACAGCUGGACACUUCUGGGAAGGGGGUAAUUCGCUUCCUCUCCUGAAGGGUGCACUGACCUUGGCCAUCUGGGUAGGAAGGGGGAGGCCUCCAUGACCCUGGACGCCACGUGACUGGGGCGAUGUUGACUUUGUGUCUCUGAUUGUGUGCUCACAGAGACUUUUAUCCAAGGCCACCUUGUCCCUGCUGCUGGGUCGUGGGCUGCUGAGGACGGGCCCUGCUGCAGCGAGCGCCCCUGCCCCGGGCGGCCCCAGGACGCCCCCCGGAGACGCUGGCCUCGCAGCUCCCGCCUGCCCUCCCGCUGGGCUCCCGGCCCCUCCCGCCUGGCCUGCUGCUGCUGCAGGGACCCGGCCGCUGGACAGCGCCGGCCUCCAGAAGUGACAGCUAAUUGGGGAGAGAAAGGGCCCGAUUGUCUGGCGGGGCCGGAAGAGCCGGCGUGGGCGGCUGAAAGCGCCGGGAGAAGGUGGCCAGCUUCGCCCAGCAGCUGCCGCAGGAGACGUUUGGAGAUUAUGUCAGCGCUGGCGGCGGGGGGAGCCUCCCGCCCGGGCCCCUGACAAUGCGGCCCUUGUCGGCCCCGAGAGCCGCUCGCUGGGGAUGAAUGGCGCGGGGCCUCUUCUCCAAGGAGGCUGUUCGGCGGCCCCGAUCUGUCCUCUCCUGCCAGGGAGGCCCCUGGGUUGGGGCGUGGAGGGAACAGGAUUGGUCCCUUAGAGAGGCCGUGGGCCUUGGAGACCCCCGGCUGGACUGAGCUCUCAGCCCAGGCUCCUGGCCGCACGGCCGGCACUUGGCAGAGAGGGGUUGGGAGUCCCGGGCUUGGCCAGGCUUCCGACUGACUGCACCGUGUGGCUGCUGCUCUGGGGGUGCUCAGCCUUGGCAUGGCCUCCUGGCUUGGGGGGAGCAUGGCCCCCGACCCGCUCAUGGUCCUGCUGGUCAUCAUUCUGCUGGCACGCUUCAUUCUGUGGUCCUGCCUCGGGACAUACAUCGAUUACAAACUGGCCCGGCGGCAGCCCCGCAAACCCAAGGAGGACUAGGGCCUCUGUUGGCCAGUGUCCUGCAGCUCCGGGUGCCAGAAGGCCAUCCCUCCAGGAGGGUGCUGUCCCAGAGUUGUCCUGUCCUGGGGCUGUGGGUGGGCGUGGGGAGGUGGGCAGCAAGGCAUGUACACCACCACCACAUCACACCCACAGGAUGGAGAUGGACCUGCCCCACCUGGACUGACCAGAGUUGUCCUGGUCACAUUCCGUGCCCCAUGUAGGGGAGAGAGGGCCCACCCCUGCCUUCCUGUCCACCAGGUUUUGAGAUCCCCUGUUGAACUGGUUUACAUUGGCCUCUGUCACUUGCAACUGAAUUUCAUCAGAAUUUCAUCAAAAUUGCUCCUCAGAGUACGAGCCCUCUGCAUCCACAUGUCAGCCAUCUACAGCCUCAUGACAUGUAUCUGACGCAGCAUAGGUGUUCCAGCCACUGUGGCUGAGGGGAUGAGCGGCGGUGCUCCGGCCCAUAUCGGCAGCAAGUGUAUUCAGUUGCAAGUAAUGGAUACGUAGACAAACCAUGGUUAAACAAGAGAAAUUUUUUUUCUUUUUUCUUCCCAAGUGUAGCAAGAAGCCUGGCAUUUGACAUUCUCAGGUUGUAGGAUAUCAAGGACCUAGACCCUUCCAUGUAUCUGCUCUGCCACCCUUAGCAUCUGGCUUUGGUCUUUGUGGUUACAAGAAGGCUGCAGCUACUCCAAGCAUCUUGAGCAAGUUCCAGGCAGGAAGAGAGGGAGAGGUAUCUACAACAGGGAAGCAAAGUUUCCCAGAAACCCUUAGUUUUACAAGUUAUGAACUAAAACUAUGUCACAUGGUAUCCUUAGAUCCUGAGAAAUGGUUCCUCGGCCGUUCUUUGUAAUCGCAGUCUUUACACAGGACGCUAUUCUGGAUAUUUGGGUAUCUUCUGUGGCCCCUUUGUGUGCCAGCUCUGCCCUUGUCUGCUGUUCAGGUAUAGCGGCUGUGCCCAGCUGUCCUUAGCAGCCCCACCUUGGAAUCAGGGGCUGGAGCUUCUCAGGGCUCUUUGGGGGCUCCUAAAAUUUUGUUCCAAAAGAAAGUCUAAGGAAGAAAAAGACCUGUGCCUUCUUAGAGAAGCAUGGAGAUGUUCCUUUACUCACAGCUGGCAGCAACAGCCUGCAGCACACACGAGGCAGGCAGCGAAUAGCUGAGGGGUAACUGAGCAACAGUGACGGUCAGGAGAUGGGUAAACCGAAGGGCAGUGGCAGUCAUUAACCCAGUGAGCGUCACUGAGAGCUCGUAACCUCCCAGUGUGGGAGGCAGGGUGGACACAAUGUUGAAAGCAGUGCCUGCCCCUCAGGUAGCUUGCAGUCUGAGAGGCAAGUAGUGGGCAGAGACUAGAAACAGAUAUUAGACCUCCUCUAGGUGCACAAGGCUGUUAGCCAGCCAAAACGUGGCCAGCGCAAAUUGAGAUAUGCUGUAAGUACAAAAUAUACACCAGAUUGUGAAGGCGUGGCUCAGAAAAUAGUGUAAAAUCUAAUCAACAAUGGCUUUCUAUUGAUUAUGUAUUGAAAUGAGAACAUUUUGGAUACCUUUGGUUAAAUAAAAUCUUAAAAUUAA